AGAGAAAACAAAAAAUCAAAGCAACCAUACAUACUUGUCCAAGCUCCUCCUCUGGCCUUCGCCAACACCAGCAGCACCUCCAUUUCCUCCCCCGAGACAAAUUCUCUCUCUCUCUCUCUCUCUCCCUCUCUACGUAUAUAUAUCUCUUUCCCAAUAAUUCAUCAGUCCAAAUAUUUCCAGCGAAAGCAACCGCUUUUGCUAAAUUUAUAGACUGAAGUAAGAUAAUUAAAAGGAAAAAGAUUAUACUUCCUUCUCUUUCGAUUUUUUUUUUUUUAAUUUUUGGAAUGGAGCCGCCGCCGCCGCCGGAGGAUAGCAGAAUACCGUUGGAUUCGGCGGAGAAAAUAAUUCUACGGUGGGACUCCACGGCGUCAGAAGAAGCGAGAGAGAGAAUGAUCUUCGAGUCCGAUCGCCAGGAGGUCGAUCGUUACUUGCAGGCCAUCGAUGAAAUCCAACGGUCGUUAUCGUCGACCUCACUGUCCGGCGACGAUAGCCAAGGCAGCAACAAGGUCAACACCACCAUCCAGAUCGCCAUGGCUCGCCUGGAGGACGAGUUCCGCAACAUCCUCCUCGGCCACACCUCUCCCAUCGAAACCGACUCCUUCACCAGCACCACAGGCAUCGAUCCCAGCUCCUCCACCCUGUCCUUUUCUUCUAUAACUACCAGUCCUACUGAACUCGACGACCUCGUGGAUGACCAUUUUGGGGAAGAGGAUCUCGCGGACGCCAGCGGCAGAUCAAGCUACCGAUCAUCCUGUAGCAUCCGCGAGAUCGAUCUCGUACCGUCCGAUGCGAUCUUUGACCUCCGAAGCAUCGCGGAGCGGAUGAUCUCCGCCAACUACCUCCGCGAGUGCAUUCAAGUCUACGGCAGCGUCCGAAAAUCAGCAGUUGACGCAAGUUUUCGGAGGCUAGGGAUCGAAAAACUGAGUAUCGGCGAUAUACAGAGGUUAGAGUGGGAGCAACUGGAGACGAAGAUCCGACGGUGGAUACGAGCCGCAAAGGUCUGCGUCAGGGUUUUGUUUGCGAGUGAGAAAAGGCUCUGCGAGCAGAUUUUCGAAGGAGUGGGAACCGCCGUGGACGAUGCGUGUUUUAUGGAGACCGUUAAGGGCCCGGCGAUUCAGUUGUUUAAUUUUGCCGAGGCGAUCAGUAUAAGCCGGCGGUCCCCCGAGAAGUUGUUCAAAAUCCUCGACCUCCACGACGCGUUGAUGGAUUUGAUACCGGACAUCGACGUCGUGUUCGAAUCGAAAUCAUCCGAGUCUAUACGGAUUCAGGCAGCAGAGAUUUUAUCUCGGCUUGCGGAGGCUGCGAGGGGAAUCUUGUCGGAGUUCGAGAGCGCGGUACUGCGCGAGCCGUCGAAAGUUCCAGUACCGGGCGGUACGAUUCACCCACUGACGAGGUACGUGAUGAAUUAUAUAAGCUUGAUUUCGGAUUAUAAGCAGACUAUGAAUGAGCUUGUCGUGUCAAAACCUUCUACUGGGUCAAGGUAUUCGGGUGAUCCGACGACUCCGGAUAUGGAGUUUGCGGAGCUAGAGGGAAAGACCCCUUUGGCGCUUCAUUUGAUUUGGGUGAUUGUAAUUUUGCAAUUCAACUUGGAGGGCAAGUCGAAGCAUUACAAGGAUACUUCUUUAGCUCAUUUAUUUAUGAUGAACAACGUGCACUACAUUGUUCAGAAAGUGAAAGGGUCGACGGAGUUAAGAGAAAUGAUUGGCGACGACUAUCUGAAGAAGCUAAGCGGGAAGUUGAGGCAGGCCGCUACUAAUUAUCAGAGGGCGACUUGGGUGAGGGUAUUGUAUUGCUUGAGAGAUGAGGGGUUGCAUGUGAGUGGGAGUUUUUCGUCUGGGGUUUCCAAGACUGCUUUGAGAGAGAGGUUCAAGUCGUUCAAUGCCAUGUUUGAGGAGGUUCAUAGGACUCAAGCUGCGUGGUUGGUACCCGAUCCGCAGCUUAGGGAGGAGCUGCGGAUAUCUAUAUCUGAGAAGUUGAUCCCGGCUUAUAGGUCAUUCUUUGGGCGGUUCAAGAGCCAUAUAGAGAACGGAAAGCACCCCGAGAAUUACAUCAAGUAUUCAGUGGAAGAUUUGGAGACUGCUGUCCUGGAUUUCUUUGAGGGCUACCAGGUGUCCCAGCACCUGAGAAGGAGAUCUGGAUGAAGUUGAGUUUUGUGAGUUAGAAACUAGAACAGAAAUUCUUUUAAUUUUUCUGUGGAGUAUUUUGGGUGAUCUGGAUGUGAUGCUGAUCAAUCUGGGACUUCCUGAGCUCUCCGAUUCAUUUGAGUUUCAUCAUUCAAUGGUCUGUGGGUCGGAUGAGAUCAACUUCUACGGGAAGAUCAAGUGUCGCGCUCUGGAAAAUCCUAGUCUCGCAGCUUGAAUGCUUCUUACCCUGGUUAUAAUGUUUCCAGGGUUGAUUGAGUUAAUACCAAAAAUGGACUACUAGAUAAGCUUCCACAAUCUGAUAGAAAACUAAUGGAGAGUUGCUCAAGAUGUUUUUUGUAGCUAAAAACUGCGUACAUUAGUUCAAGUUUCGCAUAAAUCCAUGUAAUAUUCCUGGUAAUCCCAGCAACCAUAUAUUAUUUAUAGUUGUCUGCUUCCAAGCUGCAUCCUAGAAUUGAGGUGCUUGUGCCUUGUAAUACAUACUCUGUUUGGAAUUUCCAGAACCUCACGUGACGCGGUUAGGAAUUUCCUGGUUAAAAUGUGACGAGUUCUUUUGAGUUUUUCAACCUCAUGUAUUCUGAUUCGAAUAUUGAUGUUAAGUUCAGAACUUUUUCUUC